UUUGUCCAAGUUCAUGUCUUCAACUUUUGGAAAAAGUAACUUCACAUAUUACAUCCAUUUGAAUAAAUAUAUGUAAUAUUUUGGAAUUCUAGAGAGAGAGAGAGGAUGCUUCCUCGUAGGAUUGUUCUGUCUGCUUCUGCCGUUCGAUUUCUGUCAUCUUCCCAUCGGAUUCCAUCGUCUCAACGAUUUCCCGGCGACGACAAUCUCUCCAGGCUGAGUCACAAGGACUGGCUGGCGCCGAACGAGGUUUUGAAAAUCUUCGACAAUGUCAAAGAUCCGAGCUUUCUCAUGCCCGCGUACGAACAUUACUCGAGACGGAAAGAUUAUCAACCGACAGAAUCUCUCUAUACCCUUUUGAUAAACAAGCUGGGGCAAGCUAGGAUGUUCGACGAAAUCGAAGAGAUCAUGAAAAGUUUGAAGCUUGAGAAGCGAUGCCGUUUGUCUGAGGAGUUCUUCUACAAUGUAAUGAGGGUUUAUGGGAAUUUAGCCGGUCGAAUCAAACGAGCAAUCGAGAUUUUGUUUGAUAUGCCGGAAUUUGGGUGUUGGCCAAGUGCCAAAAGUUUCAACUUUGUUUUGAAUCUUCUUGUUUCAGCGAAGCUGUUCGAUGUUGUUCAUGAGAUCUUCAUGAGUGCUCCCAAGUUGGGUGUUGAGAUCGAUGCUUGUUGUUUGAAUAUACUCAUCAAAGGGUUGUGUGAGAGUGGGGAUAUGGAUGCUGCACUCCAACUGCUCGACGAAUUUCCUAAGCAGAACUCACGGCCUAAUGUGAUGACGUUUUCGCCAUUGAUCCGAGCUUUCUGCCUUCGGGGGAAGUUCGAGGAAGCUUUCAAGUUGAUGGAGAGAAUGGAGAAGGAAGGAAUCGAACCUGACGCAAUCACGUUCAACAUUUUGAUAUCGGGUCUGAGGAAGAAAGGUAGGGUUGAAGAAGGGAUUGAACUCUUGGAGAAGAUGAAGUUGAAGGGAUGUGAACCUAAUCCCGGGUCGUAUCAGGAGGUUCUAUAUGGUCUUUUGGACAAAAACAGGAUCUUGGAAGCCAACAAGAUGAUGGGUCAGAUGAUUUCAUGGGGCAUGAGACCGAGUUUCGCAUCUUACAAGAAGAUGAUUCAGGGGCUAUGCCAAGAGGAGGCGAUCUCAGAAAUGGAGUGGGUUUUGAGGCAAAUGGUGAAGCAAGGCUUUGUCCCGAAAACAGGGAUGUGGUGGAAGAUUCUUCAGUCUGUAGUUUCUGAGAAGAAUCAUCCUCAUGUGAAUUUGGAUCACAUAAUUGAUAGCUAAAGAAACCUCUGUUUAGCAAUGAGCACGAGUUCUUGAGUGUAAUGAUGUAUUCUUUGAUCAGAGAGACAUAAACAAGCUUUUGUCCACAGACUCCACACGAGCUUUUCUUCCGGAAUUCUACGUGAGCUCUAACGAAGGAACCAGAAAAUGAAGCAGGAACAACGAGAAGGACCAAGCCUUUGUCCUAAGAUCUGUACAAGGAUUCCAAAAAUCUUGUAACAAACAUAAAGCUAUAUUAGCUUACAUCCCAACCUAUGCUUGAUUAUCUAUACAUGGUCACUUUUCACUUUGA